GAAAGGGAAGAGCUCAGGGUUGGACAUUUUUGGAGCUAGGGGUGGGGAGGAGAAAGGCAGCGCACCUCCUCGAUUUUCCCCUCCCCACCCCUCUUUGCUUUUCUCUCCCCUUCGUUGUAUAGCGUUUUCCAGAAGCGGCAGCAGAAGGGGACAGAAACCUCUAGUCUAGAAAGAUUUGGAGGGGUGGCCGGGUCUCCCGCCAGCUGCUACCUGGCAGCUGGAGCUUGAGCGUGCGUUUGUGCAUGUGAGAGCGUAAAUGCGGUUCUCUCUCUGUGGUUCUCUCUCCCUGUCUCUUCUCCCUCUCUCCCCCUCACACUCCCGCGUCGGCCACCCCUGUCAGUUUCCCCGUGUCAGUUUCUUCCCCGGCUCUUACUGUGUGGCUGGCUGCGCGAAGGGAGUGCGUGCGUUUGAAGCGGCCCAGGUUGGGUCAGACAGCCGGGAGAAGCGAGAAAGAACAGGCAAGGGGCGGGUGGAGCGAAGAGUUUCGGGGCGCUGACGGAGGCGAAAGGUGAGGAGGGCCGGCCAGCCACAGUGAAGUUUGGCGAUAACUGAGAAGCGGAGGGAGAAACCAAGGUAGGAGGCAGCACUCGCGCCUCUCCCCACACCCCGCCCCUUUCCCUGUGCUCCACCGCCCACCGCCGGGCAACCUCCAGGCCUGGGGCUGUCCCAGGCGGCUGCUGUUUGCGCGCUGCCGGGAGACCGAGUCCGGCGAGGCGGCCGCACCGCGCGCCCUGGUUCGCGGACACCAGACGACGCAGAUCCGAACAAACCACUUGCCCCGGGAAAAGGAAAAAGAGACAUAAAGAAGAGCUAAAUGUGACUUGUUCAAGUUUAUACUUCAAUUAGCAGAAGAGCUGAGAAUAGAAUCCAGGUCUCCUAAUUCUCUUGACACUAUUCUUUAAACUGCACCAUUUCACACAUACAGGUUGCUAAAUUGCUAUGAACCAUGGCCCAACUGUACUACAAAAAAGUCAACUAUUCACCAUACAGAGAUCGUAUCCCCCUGCAAAUUGUGAGAGCUGAGACCGAGCUCUCUGCAGAAGAGAAGGCUUUCCUCAAUGCUGUGGAGAAAGGGGACUAUGCCACUGUGAAGCAGGCCCUACAGGAGGCUGAGAUCUACUACAAUGUCAACAUCAACUGCAUGGAUCCUCUGGGCCGGAGUGCCCUGCUCAUUGCCAUUGAGAAUGAGAACUUGGAGAUCAUGGAGCUACUGUUGAAACACAGUGUGUAUGUAGGUGAUGCAUUGCUCUACGCCAUCCGCAAGGAGGUGGUGGGCGCUGUGGAGCUUCUGCUCAGCUACCGGCGGCCAAGUGGAGAGAAGCAGGUCCCCACCCUCAUGAUGGAUACCCAAUUCUCUGAGUUCACACCAGACAUCACUCCCAUCAUGCUGGCCGCCCACACCAACAACUACGAGAUCAUUAAAUUGCUUGUCCAAAAGCGAGUCACUAUCCCACGGCCCCACCAGAUCCGCUGCAACUGCGUGGAGUGUGUGUCCAGUUCAGAGGUGGACAGCCUGCGCCACUCCCGCUCCCGGCUGAACAUCUAUAAAGCUCUAGCAAGCCCCUCGCUCAUUGCCUUGUCAAGCGAGGACCCCAUCCUAACUGCCUUCCGUCUGGGCUGGGAGCUCAAGGAGCUCAGCAAGGUGGAGAAUGAGUUCAAGGCCGAGUAUGAGGAGCUCUCCCAGCAAUGCAAGCUCUUUGCCAAAGACCUGUUGGACCAAGCUCGGAGCUCCCGGGAAUUGGAAAUCAUCCUCAACCAUCGAGAUGAUCACAGUGAAGAGCUUGACCCUCAGAAGUACCAUGACCUGGCCAAGCUGAAGGUGGCAAUCAAAUACCACCAGAAAGAGUUUGUUGCUCAGCCUAAUUGCCAACAGUUACUUGCCACCCUGUGGUACGACGGCUUCCCUGGAUGGCGACGGAAACACUGGGUAGUCAAGCUGCUUACCUGCAUGACCAUUGGGUUCCUGUUUCCCAUGCUGUCUAUAGCUUAUCUGAUCUCACCCAGGAGCAACCUUGGACUGUUCAUCAAGAAACCCUUUAUCAAGUUUAUCUGCCACACAGCAUCAUAUCUGACCUUCCUCUUCAUGCUUCUCCUGGCUUCUCAGCAUAUCGUCAGGACAGACCUUCAUGUACAGGGGCCUCCCCCAACUGUUGUGGAAUGGAUGAUAUUGCCUUGGGUUCUCGGUUUCAUUUGGGGGGAGAUUAAGGAAAUGUGGGAUGGUGGAUUUACUGAAUAUAUCCAUGACUGGUGGAAUCUGAUGGAUUUUGCAAUGAACUCACUCUACCUGGCAACCAUUUCCUUGAAGAUUGUGGCCUAUGUCAAGUAUAAUGGUUCUCGUCCAAGGGAAGAAUGGGAAAUGUGGCACCCGACCCUGAUUGCAGAAGCACUCUUUGCAAUAUCCAACAUCUUAAGUUCGUUGCGUCUCAUAUCCCUGUUCACAGCCAACUCCCACUUAGGGCCUCUGCAGAUCUCUUUGGGGCGCAUGCUGCUUGAUAUCCUCAAAUUCCUCUUUAUCUACUGCCUAGUACUGCUGGCUUUUGCCAAUGGAUUGAACCAGCUUUACUUUUAUUAUGAGACCAGAGCGAUCGAUGAGCCAAACAACUGCAAGGGAAUCCGAUGUGAGAAACAGAAUAAUGCCUUCUCCACGCUCUUCGAGACCCUCCAGUCUCUCUUCUGGUCUGUCUUCGGCCUUUUAAAUCUCUAUGUUACCAAUGUGAAAGCCAGACAUGAGUUCACAGAGUUCGUGGGAGCUACCAUGUUUGGGACAUACAACGUCAUCUCCCUAGUUGUGCUGCUGAACAUGCUGAUUGCCAUGAUGAACAACUCCUACCAGCUCAUUGCCGAUCAUGCCGAUAUUGAGUGGAAGUUUGCAAGGACAAAACUCUGGAUGAGUUACUUUGAUGAAGGCGGCACCUUGCCACCUCCUUUCAACAUCAUCCCCAGUCCCAAGUCAUUUCUCUACCUUGGUAACUGGUUCAACAACACCUUCUGCCCCAAAAGAGACCCUGAUGGUAGACGGAGAAGGCACAACUUGAGAAGCUUCACAGAACGCCACGCUGACAGCCUGAUACAGAAUCAACAUUAUCAGGAAGUCAUCAGGAAUUUAGUCAAAAGAUAUGUAGCUGCUAUGAUAAGAAAUUCCAAAACAAACGAGGGACUAACAGAAGAAAAUUUUAAGGAAUUAAAGCAGGACAUCUCCAGCUUUCGAUAUGAAGUACUUGACCUCUUAGGAAAUAGGAAGCACUCAAGGAGAAGCUUUUCCACAAGCAGCACUGAACUCUCUCAGAGGGAUGAUACCAAUGAUGGCAGUGGUGGGGCUCGGGCCAAAUCCAAGAGUGUCUCUUUCAACUUAGGCUGCAAGAAAAAGGCCUGCCAUGGGCCACCUCUCAUCAGAACCAUGCCGAGAGCCGGGGGUGCCCAAGGGAAGCCAAAAGCUGAGUCAUCAAGCAAACCGUCCUUCAUGGGUCCUUCCCUCAAGAAACUCGGGCUCCUGUUCUCCAAGUUUAACGGUCAUAUGUCUGAAUCCAGUUCAGAGCCAAUGUACACCAUUUCGGAUGGCAUCGCUCAGCAGCAUUAUAUGUGGCAGGACAUCAGAUAUUCUCAGAUGGAGAAAGGGAAAGCAGGGGCCUGCUCUCAAAGCGAAAUUAACCUCAGUGAGGUAGAAUUAGGUGAAGCCCGGGGCGCCGCUGAGAGCAGUGAAUGCCCCCUAGCCUGUUCUAGCUCUCUCCACUGUGCAUCCAGCAUCUGCUCCUCAAAUUCUAAACUUUUAGACUCCUCGGAGGACGUAUUUGAAACUUGGGGAGAGGCUUGCGACUUGCUCAUGCACAAAUGGGGUGAUGGACAGGAAGAACAAGUUACAACGCGGCUCUAAGUCAAGCCCCUAUCCCGUUGUGGAACACAAGAGAAAAUUUGUAAUUUCCUUGCUCUCAGAGGUGACAUAGAAUCUGAUUCCCUCAUUGCCCA